GCCGGAGCCGCGAGGACGCGGGCCAUGGCCCAGGCGGGCCGCGCAGGUGGCCCUCCCCCGGGUGGUGGUGCCCCAUGGCACCUUCGAAAUGUCCUCAGUGACUCUGUGGAGAGCUCAGAUGAUGAAUUCUUUGAUGCUAGAGAGGAGGUGGCUGAAGGGAAGAAUGCCAUCCUCAUUGGAAUGAGCCAGUGGAAUUCAAAUGACCUGGUGGAGCAGAUUGAGACCAUGGGGAAACUGGAGGAGCAUCAAGGAGAAGGGACCGCGCAGUGCACGUCCAGCAUCCUCCAGGAGAAGCAGCGAGAACUGUACCGCGUUUCCCUGCGAAGACAGAGGUUCCCGGCCCAGGGGAGCAUAGAGAUCCAUGAAGACAAUGAGGAAGGCUGUCCUCAGCGUUCUUGCAAGACACAUGUGCUCCUGUUGGUGCUGCAUGGGGGCAACAUCCUGGACACAGGCUCGGGGGACCCCUCCUGCAAGGCAGCUGACAUCCACACCUUCAGCUCGGUGCUGGAGAAGGUCCUGCGGGCCCACUUCCCUGCUGCCCUGGGACAUAUCCUCAUCAAGUUCGUGCCCUGCCCUGCCAUCUGCUCAGAGGCUUUUGCUCUCAUCUCAAACCUGAACCCCUACAGCCACGACGAGGGUUGUCUGAGCAGCAGCCAGGACCACGUGCCCCUGGCCGCCCUGCCGCUGCUGGCCAUCUCCUCCCCGCAAUACCAGGAGGCCGUGGCCACCGUCAUCGAGCGAGCCAACCAGGUCUACGCAGAGUUCCUCAAGUCCCCCGAUGGGAUUGGCUUCAGCGGGCAGGUGAGCCUCAUCGGAGACUGCGUGGGGGGCCUCCUGGGCUUUGAUGCCAUCUGCUACAGUGCCGGGGGGGCCGGGGAGAGCCCUGGCAGCAGCAGCCGGAAAGGGAGCAUCAGCAGCACUCAGGAUGUGCAGAUUCUGGCAGAGGAGGAAUGCAGCCUGGCCGACACCAAGCGUCUCAGCAAGAGCAGCAUUGACGUCUCUAGUGUGUUGGAGGACGAGGAGCCCAAGAGGCCGUUACCACGGAAACAGAGCGACUCCUCCACCUACGACUGUGAGGCCAUCACCCAGCACCAUGCCUUCCUCUCCAGCAUCCACUCGAGCAUGCUGAAGGAUGAGGUGGACCCCCCUGCCACGGGGGGAGCCCAGCUCCCAGAGGUCAGCUUGGGCCGCCUGGACUUUGAUGUGUCUGACUUCUUCCUCUUUGGCUCGCCCCUGGGCUUGGUCCUGGCCAUGAGGAGGACGGUGCUGCCCGGACUGGAUGCCUUCCAGGUGCGCCCGGCCUGCAGCCAGCUGUACAGCUUCUUCCACUGUGCGGACCCCUCUGCCUCCAGGCUGGAGCCACUGCUGGAGCCCCAGUUCCACCUGGUGCCGCCCGUCAGUGUGCCCCGCUACCAGAGGUUCCCGCUGGGUGAUGGACAGUCCCUGCUGCUCGCGGAUGCCCUGCACACCCACAGCGCCCUCUUCCUGGAGGGCAGCGCCCGCGGCAGCCCCCCCCUUCUGGACGCCCCUGCCUCCCCCCCUCCGGCCCCGAGGUCCCAGCGCCCGGGGCGCAGGCUGAGCCAGGGCAGCUCCCACAGCAACAGCUCCGAGUCCUCCGACAGCCUGGCCCCCGUGGGCGCCUCCCGCAUCACAGCCAAGUGGUGGGGCACCAAGCGCAUCGACUACGCCCUGUACUGCCCCGACGUGCUCACGGCCUUCCCCACGGUGGCCCUGCCCCACCUCUUCCACGCCAGCUACUGGGAGUCCACAGACGUGGUGGCCUUCAUAUUGAGACAGGUGAUGCGCUAUGAGAGCGUGAACGUCAAGGAGAGUGCGGGCUUGGAUCCCGCGGCGCUCAGCCCUGCCAACCCCCGAGAGAAGUGGCUUCGCAAGAGGACCCAGGUCAAGCUCCGGAACGUCACUGCUAACCACCGAGCCAAUGACGUCAUUGCUGCUGAGGAUGGGCCCCAGGUCCUGGUGGGCCGAUUCAUGUACGGGCCGCUCGACAUGGUUGCUCUGACUGGAGAGAAGGUGGACAUCCUGGUGAUGGCAGAGCCGUCCUCAGGCUGCUGGGUCCACCUGGACACGGAGAUCACCAAUAGCAGUGGCCGUAUCACCUACAGUGUGCCACGGCCCCGACGACUGGGUGUCGGCGUCUACCCGGUGAAGAUGGUUGUCAGGGGCGACCAGACCUGGGCCAUGAGCUACCUCACAGUGCUGCCUCGGGGCAUGGAGUGCGUGGUGUUCAGUAUCGAUGGCUCCUUCGCAGCUAGCGUGUCCAUCAUGGGGAGUGACCCCAAGGUUCGGCCAGGGGCAGUGGAUGUUGUCCGGCACUGGCAGGACCUGGGCUACAUGAUCCUGUAUAUCACGGGGCGGCCGGACAUGCAGAAGCAGCGGGUGGUGUCUUGGCUGGCUCAGCACAAUUUCCCCCAGGGCAUGAUCUUCUUCUCUGAUGGGCUAGUACACGACCCAUUGCGCCAGAAGGCCAUCUUUCUCCGCAACCUCGUGCAGGAGUGCUUCAUCAAAAUCAGCGCAGCCUAUGGCUCCACGAAGGACAUCUCUGUCUACAGUGUGCUGGGUCUGCCACCCUCCCAGAUCUUCAUUGUGGGCCGGCCCACCAAGAAGUACCAAACGCAGUGCCAGUUCCUGAGCGAGGGCUACGCCGCACACCUGGCGGCGCUGGAGGCCAGCCACCGCGCGCGCCCCAAGAACAACUCGCGCCUGAUCCCGCGCAAGGGCAGCUUCGGCCUCCACGCGCAGCCCGAGUUCCUGCGCAAGCGCAACCACCUGCGCAGGACCAUGUCGGUGCAGCAGCCUGACCCGCCCGCCAACCCCAAGCCCGAGCGGGCCCAGAGCCAGCCCGAGUCCGACAAGGACCACGAGCGGCCCCUGCCCGCGCUCAGCUGGGCCCGGGGCACCCCCAGGUUCGAGUCGGCGCCCUGAGGGCCAGGCUGGCACAGAGCAGGGGCCCUCUCCCCGACAGGCCUUUUCCUGCUUCCCCCCUGCCCCACCGUGUCUGUCCAGCAGUGUCCUACGAGAGUGGGGAGGGAGCCUGCCGGCC